AUGGCCUCCAUGGGCCUGCAGGUGAUGGGCAUCGCAUUAGCCGUGCUGGGCUGGCUAGGCGCCAUCGUGAGCUGCUCACUGCCCAUGUGGCGAGUGACGGCCUUCAUCGGCAGCAACAUCCUCACUGCGCAGGUUAUGUGGGAGGGCCUGUGGAUGAGCUGCGUGGUGCAGAGCACCGGCCAGUUACAGUGCAAGGUGUACGACUCGCUGCUGGCGCUACCUCAGGAUCUGCAGGCAGCCCGCGCUCUCAUGGUGGUCUGCAUCAUUGUGGCUGCGCUGGGCGUGCUGCUGUCUGUGGUGGGCGGCAAGUGUACCAACUGCAUUGAGGAUGAGACGGCCAAGGCCAAGACCAUGAUUGUAGCCGGUGUGGUUUUCCUGCUGGCUGGCCUGCUGGUGAUGGUGCCUGUGUCCUGGACCGCCAACAGCAUCAUCCGCGACUUCUACAACCCCUUGUUGGCCUCCUCACAGAAGCGGGAGAUGGGCGCCGCGCUCUACAUUGGCUGGGCUUCUGCGGGCCUGCUGCUGCUUGGGGGUGGCCUGCUCUGCUGCAACUGCCCACCCCGCAAUGACAAGUCCUACUCGGCCAAGUAUUCUGCUGCCCGCUCUGUCCCGACCAGCAACUACGUGUAA